ACCACAAUUCCCUGCACUCCGCUGUACUCUGUUUUGUACGUCCCUUUGGUUUUGGCCAUGCAUGGGCUCGCUCAAUUGAUCUCAUGUUGGCUGUCAUACUCAUGCGGAGCCUCGCUUGCCGUCAUCUUAUCCGGCUAGGUCGUCACCCAGUGAUAUAGUCCGGUUAUGUUAGUUUUAUGGCAUCAGCCUCUGGUCUAAUGAUGACGUUAAAUAAUGAUUCAGGCAUGACUCAGCGAAUGAACCUGCACUUGGAACAGGAUUCUUGGUCCAAAGUCCUUUAAUCGGACUUCAAGCUGCUAUGCCUAUCAGAGUAUGACAACAAGUACGGGCACAUACAUCCUCCUUCGUGCACUUGACGGAACAAGUGGGAUUUCGGUCGGGGAUGCUAUCUACUUGUCAGAGCUAGAGAAGCGGCUUAGACGGAUUCCAAAUAUCGGAAAGUUCUUGAAUGGGCGGACGAUCCACCAAUUAAUGACCUUGACUCAGAUCCAGGUGCGAUAUAAUUCGUUAAUGGGGAACAUUACUGGGGGAGGGGAUCCCGGGAGCAAGGCUGGUGAAGCUACCGGUCCGGUUGAGAUCAAUAAUGAGGAACCAGCACCCCAAAAUGAUCCUUCAUCUCGAGUUCGUGCCCCUAUGGACGUAGAGCAUGGGCUGCUUGGAUGGGCCAAAUCAGCCUCCAUCAUGCUCAGGUGCGAUUUUAACGAUCGCUCCCCAUCCGGGAUACCUUGAUUUAAUCACUGGUGGACACCACCUGAUGGCUCAAGUUGCUGCUGCGUCCCAGGACACAACGCAAUUCGAGACUGUUAGUAGACUGGUGGCUCAUUGGUAUCGAAUGGUGUGGAGAACGCUAUACACAGGGCGGGGUUCUGAUUUUGAAUAGCGGGAAUAAAGGACUGCUGCUCCAAUUUCAUCGUGUGCUUACCUUUCGGACCCGCUAUGAACUAUUCACCGACGAGUCUCCGGUUCGGGAAGUGCUUGUGGAUCCC